AUGUUUUUCUGUUGACAUAUUUGAAUUGCUAUUAUUGCUUUAUCAACUAUGAGCACAGCUAUACAAAGAAUGCCAGCUAUUUUCUUCGGAUAUGGAAGUCCAAUGAAGGCGAUAGAAGAAAAUAUUUACACCCAGACUUGAAAAGAUAUGGUUUCUUCCAUUCCCAAACCAACAGCUGUGCUAAGCAUUUCGGGACAUUGGUUUGUCACGGGAGUCCGUGUAACUGGAAAUGAAAAUCCUCCAACAAUUCAUGAUUUUGGAGGCUUUCCAAAAGCUAUUUUUGAUGUUCAAUACCCUGCCCCAGGAAAUCCACGUCUGGCUGAGAGAAUUAAAAAUUUGCUACAGCCCUUAAAUGUGACCAUAGACAGUUCAUAG